AACUCAUAUUCUCAUGCGGUUUGUUAGACUGCAGUCCUGGGGGAGAAGGAACUUUGUUGUCAACUGUUCUCUCGCAUCCCUGUGGACUGAGAGGCAGCGCGGGAGUCAUGAAGCAGGAGGUCAGGGCUGCUCUGGGCUCAGCUCGUCCCUGGCUCCACUCAGAGGCGAACCUUUCUGCUCAGAGAGGUGUUUGUCUCGCCCGGGCGCACUUUGAGAAACAGCCUCCUGCCAACCUGCGCAAGUCAAACUUCUUUCACUUUGUGUUGGCUUUAUAUGAUAGUCAGGGUCAGUCUGUGGAGAUAGAGCACACUGCGUUUGUGGACUUUGUUGAAAAGGAGAAGGAGCCUGUAAGUGAAAAAACAAACAAUGGAAUCCAUUACAAACUCCAGUUACUGUACAAAAAUGGUGUCAGAACAGAGCAAGAUCUAUACAUCCGUUUGAUAGACUCUGUGACCAAACAGGCAAUUGUGUUUGAAGGUCAAGAUAAAAACCCUGAAAUGUGUCGUGUUCUUCUCACUCAUGAGAUAAUGUGCAGCCGAUGUUGUGAUAAGAAAAGUUGUGGAAACAGGAACGAAACACCAUCAGACCCCAUCAUUAUUGACCGGUUCUUCCUGAAAUUUUUUCUCAAAUGUAAUCAAAAUUGCCUGAAAAAUGCAGGGAACCCACGAGACACGCGUCGUUUCCAGGUGCUAGUCUCUACCACAGCCUCUGUUAAGGCCCACAUUCUAGCCAUUUCAGAUAAUAUAUUUGUCCAUAACAAUUCAAAGCAUGGCAGAAGACCAAGAAGAUUUGAGCUGAUUGAAGCUGAGAUCCCCUGCAUCAAGGCCAUCAGUCCGAGUGAAGGUUGGACGUCAGGUGGAGCCUCAGUGAUUAUUAUUGGAGAUCAGUUCUUUGAUGGUCUACAAGUGGUUUUCGGAACAGUUAUGGUCUGGAGUGAGGUGAUUACACCACAUGCGAUUCGUUUGCAGACUCCACCUCGUCACAUCCCUGGUGUUGUAGAAGUUACACUGUCCUACAAAUCCAAGCAGUUCUGCAGAGGACCUCCAGGACGCUUUAUUUACACUGCUUUAAAUGAGCCAACCAUUGACUACGGAUUCCAGCGGCUGCAGAAGGUGAUUCCUCAUCAUCCAGGCGAUAUGGAAAGACUACCAAAAGAGGUCUUACUGAAGAGAGCAGCUGAUCUCUUAGAGAUGUUUUAUGGAAUGCCUCACAACAACCAGGAGAUGAUUCUGAAGCGUGCGUCUGAUAUAGCAGAGGUACUCCACGCCAUCCCACGAAACCCAUCCCACACAAAUUCACAUGGAAUGAUGGGUGUAAACUCCUUUGAUGCACAGUUACCCAUGAACACAGAAAUUUCACCGGAUGUAGAACGAGUGUCUCUUUCAGUGGGUUUCAGUCGGAGUUCAAACAGUGGCUUCAUUGCAGACAGCACAUCCCAGCAGUCUGAAUUCAGCAAUACCAAUACGUGCAUGAAUACACACACACAUUCACACUCUCACUCCAACAUGCCAAGACACACACACUCAGACACACACCUGUCCAUGGCUGGGCACACACAAACACACACACGCCCUUCUGUGUCAAACUUCUCUGUGGCCACACAGCCAUUCUUAGACAGUCCUACAGCGGACACACAACACUACAUUGUGAAGCAAAAAAGUGCAUUUGCUCCAGUUCUGAAGCUGCAGUCCUCAACAGAACAAGCUUCAGGUGUCCCCGUCUGCACGCCUUGCAUGGACUAGUGACACCAGUCACACUCUCACAUGGACAAAUGAAAAACUCCAUUUAGAAGUUGUGAUCUUUGUAGUCAGGGAACAACAGCGUCUGUUUUGCAUUUUGAAGGUUCUCCCAGUGCGGGCAAUACAAAAACAAUAAAAAAUGUUAAAUCAUAUUGGUUGGUGAUAAAGCAACUUUUUUGUUAAAUGUCGUAGACAAUAUGCACCUCUCUAUUAUUAGUGUAUUUGUGGUCUGUG